GGGGCAGUUAUCUCGUCGGACCGUUUGUGGAUCGUGACGUGGUGAUUGGUCGCUAAACUGCAUAGUGAAAACUACAGUCAGCGUUAAGUACAUCGUGAUUAGGUCGCCGGACGCCAGCUGAACAUUUUAAAGAGUUUUAGUUUAUGUGGAAUAAAAAGUUUAUUGCGUUGUUUUGAAGGGAGCCGAAGUAUUUGCUGCUGAUUUGUCUGAUUAUCGGGGUGUGUGAUCCUUUUUUUUGUGUCUGGCUGAGCAGAACUGAACCGGCGGCAGCAUGAAGCUUUACAGCCUCAGCAUCCUCCACAAAGGAGCGACCAAAGCCAACCUCCUCAAAGCGGCCUAUGACCUCUCCUCCUUCAGCUUCUUUCAGCGCUCUAGUAUUCAAGAGUUCAUGACCUUCACCAGUGCCUUGAUUGUUGAACGGACAACACAAGGAAGCCGUGCCUCUGUCAAGGAACAAGAAUACCUGUGCCAUGUGUAUGUAAGAAACGACAAUCUGAGUGCUGUGGUGAUCGCGGAUACUGAAUACCCACAGAGAGUCUGUUUCACAUUGCUAGACAAGGUAUUAGAGGAGUUCUCCAGACAAGUCGACAGUAUAGAUUGGCCCUCUGGUAAUCCUGAAACCAUAAACUACAAAGCCCUGGAUAUUCACCUCUCUAAAUACCAGAACCCCAGGGAAGCAGAUGCAAUGACCAAAGUGCAGGCAGAGCUGGAUGAGACGAAGAUCAUUUUGCACAACACCAUGGAAAGUCUGUUGGAGAGAGGAGAAAAACUGGAUGAUCUUGUGCAAAAAUCAGAGCACCUUGGAAACCAGUCGAAAGCCUUCUACAAGACCGCACGGAAACAGAACUCAUGCUGUGAAAUCAUGUGAUGCCGCCGCCUCGUCCUUGUGGACACGCCUCUCUCUGCCUUUCUGCUUUUCCUACAACUCCCAUCAUGCACCUGCCACCAGCUCUCAACACAAAAGACAGGACGGACGCCGUCUAAUCCAGGAUGGGGCGCCGGGAUAAGAGCGAGAAAUGGUGGAAGGUGGCGGCCCGUCGGAGCGUGAUCUGUCUGGAUUGUGGCUGAUGGGGGCUGCAGGAGUGAUGGGGUUUGGUCGGGGGAAGAAGUAACACUCAAAUUAUUUUUAACCUUUCAAACGGUAAACAUCUGUGUGGUGUUUCAAUACCAGCUGAGGACAUAAUAGUGUGAUGUGUAGUGGUGAUGUAUUGUUGAAACGUCUUCAAACCAUUUAAUGUUAUUCAGAUUCAGUCCGAUCUUAACAGUUUGAUUUCAAAGAGUAUUAACAACAGAUGUGCUUCUGCUUUAAGGCAACUCUGACAAUCUCCCAGUCUUAUCUUGUGUAUUCAUAAAGUACGUCACGGUAAGGGUUCAACUGUUCUCAUUGCUGUCCACUAGGUGGCGUGCUUAUUUACUUAAACGUUCCCAUGAGCCUCAAAACCAAGGUCGAUCUAAAAACUACUGUGAGCCAAGACAGCAAGUGGCUGAUCAAAGUCUCACUGAAUUUUAUUUUGAAACGCGUUCGCUCGACUGGAAUAAAUUACCAGACUUCUUUGCUUUUUUUCUGUCUCAUAGUGUUAAAUGAAAUCUUAAAACAUUCCUGCUUUGACUGAGUGUGUUAUUGAUUGAUGUUGCAUCUUAAAGCUGAUGAGAAAAUGAGAGAAUAGGUCUUCUUCAUAGAUGCAGCCUUAUUGCUGCGUGGCUGACAUGUGACUCCUCCCUGUCCUGUUUAAACAUUAUGUUGUCUCAUGAGAAGGAUUCUCCAUUUACUUGGUGUACUGUAGACACACUUUUCACUCUGAUAGCGAGCACACAGGACACUUAAACAGGUUGUUACAGUUGCAAAGCCCACAGGGCUCGCCUGUACCUCUCAAACCUGGGAUCACUGAUAUCAUCUGUUGUAAGUGCAGUGAUUCUGGGAAUCCUCUGGUGUUGUUGCAGCCCCUGGCCCAGAGUUCCUCCUGAAACGAGUGUAAAGCGACUGAUUUCAAAUCGCAGUCUUAUUUUAAGACACUCCACAGCUGACUUUUCUUUUUUUUUUUUUUUUUGGACUGUCAGCACUGUUUGUAUUUAGUCUGACUGGUAGAGUUUUCUUUCUUCAGGAGCUUCUGAUCAGUUUAAGAUAAAUGCCUUGGGUUGUGUAUUUUAGAUGUUUCUCUGCUAGCUUUCAGCUGUAUGCGUGUAUGGUUUGCCGAUAUACAACAUCUGCAGGCUGCAUUGAUGUUGAGUGCCUGUGUGUGAGGACUGUAGUGUGUUUGUGUGUGUGAUCUGAAUUGCUCUUUCUGCUUUUACAGUGUAAACUUUUGUGCAAUAUCUCUGCAGACUGUUGGUGUUUGUCCUUCUCUAACAAGGAGAGAACAAAUGGAACUAUUUCUCACUAAGGACAUUAAAUUGACCUUUGUAUUUGCUAUUCUUACAACUGAUUUCCAUGUGAAGCGUGCCCAGGGUUGUUUCUGAUGUAAUUGUUCAGAUUCUGCUUUUCAAAAUUUCCAAUUAAUGUGCUGAAUUUGAAAAACUUUGCUGUAGCUCUUUGCAGGUCAUGUGUUGCUGACCAGUGUGUUAAUCAGUCUGCAUUAAACAUUUCGAUCCAGAUGUGAGUUGCACAUUCAAAACUUCAGAUAAUAAACUGUUCUUUUCUGUCUGUAUUAACAUUUUUGUUCAAACACUGAUUGUGUACAGAACGUGUAAUCUUGCUCAGAUAAACACUAACAAUGGCG